UAAAAUUAAGCUUUUGGUUAUGAAAUGUUUAGCUUCGUUAACUUAAUUUUGUUUAUACAGGAAUGUAUUGAAUAUUGUAAAUUGGACAAAAUUCGUUCUUCAGGAUUAUGCGUUGAUGAUCAAAUUGCGUAUUCGCACAUGGAGGAACUUUGUGAAGAGGAUGAAACAACUAUGACGAAGGAAAUUUUAGAGCAUUGUAAUUCAAUGUGUCAUCCUGCAUGCCACGAGGAAAUAUAUGAAGUGAAAUACGACGAGCUACAAUUCCUUCAUCACUUGUGUAAAAAAAAGGAUGAAGCUUGCAAAAGUGCAUUCAUUACCCUCCAAGUUUUUUUUCGAAACUUCAGAUUAACAGAACGCAUUUAUGAGCCAAAGUAUAGGGAAGUGGAACUUUUCAGCUACAUCGGAGGAUACAUGGGAAUGUGGCUAGGAUUGAGUUUAGUUUCAGUGUUUGAUUUCUUCGAAUCACUUUGCUUAGUGCUUUAUUACCCUAUCAAGAAAAGAAUCAAAAAGGACAACUAACUAAAAGAUGCUAUUUAAACUUGCCAAAGAGGAAGACUUCAAGAAACACUUCGACAUUUACGUUUUUAUUUUAUUUAUUUGUUCAUUUUAUUUAUUUAUGUAUUUAUUUUUUAUAUUUAUGUAUUUAUUUUUUAUAUUUAUGUAUUUAUUUUUUAUAUUUAUUUAUUUUUCUUAACAACAUGUUUACUUUAGUGAUUGUGAACAAAAAGAGAAAUGUUUGUAAACUCAGGAUGCUCAGUAAUCACUAUCGUUACAUGAACUUUUAGAAUUAUGUGUAAUUUAAAAAAAAAAAAGUUCAUUUCGGGUCAUAAAUUGAUACGAUAAGAGAAAAAAAAUCGAUUUAAAAAUUUGAUGAUUUAAUAACUGAAGAGAGCUGGAAUAAAUACGUAUCUUGUGUAUUUGACGAGUCUACUAUCUCUGCAUUACACUGCUGAGAAGAAUAUAUGAUUCGCCUCAUUCAGGCCGAGCAGCUCUCAUUUUGAAUCGAUCUGAAUAAAAAUUUGUUUUACAGUGAACCGGCGUUGUCUAUGAUGCGCUUUCCUAUUAAAAAUUCAGACACUGUUAUAAUAUCAAAAUCUGCAUUACUGCCGGAGGAAGCAAAGAACAGUUGAAAAGUUAUUAGUAAAAAUACCUUCCCUUUUUUCCAGCAAUCAAACUGGUUUUCGUGUUUUUUUACAACCAUUGUUUUCAAUAAAUAUUUCUCAACUUUUAAUAAGGCUUUUUCCUUUCUUAAAUAUUUAUUUGCUGCCUUUUAUGAUAAAGUUUUUUUUUACUAUAAUUUGGACCAAAAAUUUUGAAAAUCUCUUAUGAUUAGAUCUGUGAUUGUGGAACAUCCUGUAGAAAUGAAUCAAACAUCAACAACGUUUAACAUAAUUUAUUUAUGAAUACAAUUUAUUUAUUAAUAUUGGUGGUAAUUUCUUUUUCAAUUCGAAAUUGUUUGUUCAAGAAAAAAAUAACAAUGCAUAAUAUUUGCUGCUAUUAGAUAUAAUCCUUUGUAGUUGUGUCGAAAAAAUACUCUUCCGAUUUCGUCGUUAAGCAUCGACUGUAACUUUUAUAUCUGUAAAAAAAUGGUUAUUCGCUUUGAUUAUAUGUUAUCUUGUAUGAAAGAAUGAAAUUGUGUCAUAAAAAUUUUCAUUUGCUUAAAAUUUAUUUUUACCUUCUGCAUAACUGUCAACUUUUACAAUUUCUUAAAAGAAUCUUUUGUAGUGAAAAAGAACUAACUAUUGAAUUAUCAUUUGUAAGGAGAAUUCGUUCACUUUUCGUCAACACUAACAAUUGUACUCGAUUUAUUAUCAAGGCUUUUACAUGUGCUAUUUUUAUUAUUCCUUUUUUCAAAUAUUUAUAUAUAGCAUCAAAUGAAUAAAUUA